CCGAGUCUUGGGGGCGAAAAUAAGCAUACCGGCGUUCCUCGUGGGGGCUUUCUUCAUCGGACGAUGCCGAUGAGAUUGAAUGAGGAGAAAGCUGCGCGUUGAAAGUAUAAGUACCUCCAAUCGGUACUGCUUCUCAGACAUAGCCAGAACAUCAGAUUCUCUCCUUCAAAGUUCCCAGCAUAGGCCUCCUCGAAACUGCCGCAAAUAUCAAGAACACAGCACUGUUCUCUUGAAUCCAAUCCCUUCUACUCUCAGAAUGUCUGGCAUAGGUAUUCUCGCGUCUGCGAUUAUCCGCUCUCUCUUGCUCGGCCUCGAUGCCCAUUUCGGUCCAGACAGCAUCGACUUGCUCCAGGGAGAAGUUUCGGAUACUUUGUCUAAGCCCACGUUGAACAACAUGUGCGUGUUCUACGUAACCGGAAUCCCUGGAUCAGUAGAUGAAAGCGUCGUCAAUAUCAACGCAUGGGUGAAAUGCAAAACAACCAUCAUUGCUCGGGUCAUGGUUGAACGUCCCAGCCGGCAAAGAUCUCAAAGUCACAGACUCCCGCAUCGGAGACCUAACCCUUAACUUCCAAUCCUCGAAAUUCAACACCUUCCCCUUCCCUGGCGAUCUUAUUAUCUACAAUUCUGUGUGGACCGACACUGCCUUUGAUUCCGGCAUUGGUAUGGGCAACUGCAUCAACUUCUCUAAGAAGGGCUCUAUCAUUGGCAAAGACUGCAAGGGUGAUAAAGUUGUUACUACAGUUUGCAACGAAGGUUUUCUAGAUGGAUCGU